UCGCGUGGUAAAGUCGUCAUCUUUAAGCUCACACAAGUGUGGCUGGAAAGUAAGAAGCCACACGUUUACAGGGAAUUUAAUGUUGUGGAGCCAAUCGUUAUUUGCCCGUUUGAUCACAGAAGAUGUCUUCACUCCUCAAGGUGGACAAUGAAAUUAAAACCAAGGUUGAUGCUUUCAGGGAACGUAUCACUGCAGAAGCAGAGGACCUAGUUGCAAAUUUCUUUCCCAAAAAAUUGCUGGAACUUGAUCAUUUCCUUAAAGACCCAACCAUAAACAUCACAGAACUGAAAGAGAUUCACUCUGAAAUAAACCUGACUGUACCAGACCCAAUCUUGAUCCCAAAACUGCAUGACGGACUAGAAGCGCAAAAUGCCAAAAAGAGGAAGUUGGAGGAUGGAGGUGGGGAGGACAUGGUGACUGGCACCAAGGUGUUUGUCAUGCCUGGCGGGAUGAUGAAGAGCAACGGAAACCUUGUUGAUCUUAUUGAAAAAGUCAAGCCAGAGAUCAGGACUCUCAUAGAGAAAUGUAACACAGUUAAAAUGUGGGUGCAGCUGCUCAUUCCCAGAAUAGAGGAUGGCAACAACUUUGGAGUGUCAAUCCAGGAAGAGACAGUAGCUGAACUCAGAACAGUUGAAGGGGAGGCAGCAUCUUACCUCGACCAGAUAUCAAGAUACUACAUCACAAGGGCAAAGCUGGUUUCUAAAAUAGCAAAAUAUCCACAUGUGGAGGAUUAUCGGCGCACAGUAACCGAGAUUGAUGAGAAGGAAUACAUCAGUCUGAAGAUCAUAGUUUCUGAGCUCAGAAAUCAAUAUGUAACGUUACAUGACAUGAUCCUGAAGAACAUUGAGAAGAUCAAGAGGCCUCGGAGCAGCAACACUGACGCUUUGUACUGAUAUUCUCUCAGCCUUCAGUGACCCCCACCUCACCAGUCUCCCUGCCAUACCUGUCGAGCCACAGUAGCCUGGUCCUGCUCCACAGGGCUUCAAGGAGACAUUCACAGAGUUCAAUACAUUCAACAAGACCCAGUGUAUGAAAAAACGUUGCUUCAAUAGAUGGACACAAUGCAAAUGUUUUGUUUUAAAUGUAAAAUAUUUUCCUUGUUUUAAACCUUUGAAGACAAAAUCCUUCUCAGAAAAUGGGGAGACAUAGACAACAAAAAGCUCAAUGUAUUUUUUAAUUUUAAUUAAAGAGUUUGUCCUCA